UCGACCCCACCUCCCUCCAGAGCUACCGUCCUGUCUCCCUCCUACCCUUCCUCUCCAAACCCUCGAGCGGACUGUACACCGCCAGCUCUCUGCUUUCCUGUCCAACCACUCUCUGCUUGACCCUCUCCAAUCUGGCUUCCGCUCUGCUCACUCCACUGAAACCGCCCUCCUGUCUGUCACCAACUCACUUAAGUGUGCCCGAGCUGCCUCUCUCUCCUCUGUCCUAAUUCUCCUCGACCUCUCUGCUGCCUUUGACACUGUUGAUCACUCUAUUCUACUAUCAUCUCUUGCUGACCUGGGGAUCUCUGGCACUGCUCUGGCCUGGUUCUCCUCCUACCUCUCCAACCGCACUUACCAGGUAACCUGGCGUGGAGCAACCUCCACACCUCACCCUCUCUUAACUGGAGUCCCCCAAGGGUCAGUCUUGGGUCCUCUCCUGUUCUCUCUCUACACCCGCUCCCUGGGCCCCCUCAUCGCAUCCUAUGGUUUCUCAUACCAUUUCUAUGCUGAUGAUGCUCAGAUUUUCCUCUCCUUCCCCACCUCUGACUCCACCAUCUCCUCCCGUAUCUCUACCUGUCUGUCUGCUAUUUCCUCCUGGAUGCACUUGCAUCGCCUCAAACUCAACCUCUCUAAAUCUGACCUCCUUUUCUUUCCCUCCUCCUCCCCCUCCUCUGAUCUCUCUAUCUCUGUUCCUCUGGAAUCUACCACACUCUCUCCCUCUUCCUCAGCUAAGAACCUUGGAGUCACCCUGGACCCCUGCCUCUCUUAUUCCCAGCACAUCUCCACUCUGGCACGCACUUGCAGAUUCUUCCUGAGCAACAUCCGAAGAAUCCGACCCUUCCUCACCAACUAUGCUACCCAGCUCCUGGUCCAGGCCCUGGUACUCUCCCGCCUAGACUACUGCAACUCCCUCCUGGCUGGCCUCCCUGCGUCCGCCACCCGUCCGCUCCAGCUCAUCCAGAACUCUGCUGCUCACCUGGUGUUCUCUCUACCUCGCUUCGCCCACGCUACUCCACUACUCCGCUCGCUCCACUGGCUCCCGAUCACCGCUCGCAUCCAGUUCAAGACUCUUGUACUAGCCUACAGAUGCCUUGAUCAGACUGCACCCAGCUACCUCCAGACCCUCAUCUCUCCCUACACCCCCACUCGACCUCUCCGCUCCGCCUGCACUAGAAGACUGGCUCUACCUCCGCUACGCUCCCCUGCCUCCCGAGCCCGCUCCUUCUCCACCCUUGCUCCGCAGUGGUGGAACGACCUUCCUACAGAUGUCAGGACUGCCCAGUCCCUGACCACAUUCCGGCGCCUCCUUAAGACUCACCUCUUCAAACAGCACCUGUAGAACUCCUCUGUUGUAUCCUGGGACACUAUCACCCUUCAUUUAAAUAUGCUUUAUUUUGCUCUUAUCUGCCCCCUAUUUUACUGCAUUUAAUCCUGUACCUCAGAAUAUUGUAAUCUGCCAAGUGUUUAAUCUGUAGUAUUUGUACUUAAUCAUAUCCUGAUGUAACUAUCACUAUUUAAUCAUAUCCUGAUGUAACUUUCACUAUUAUCUGCUGUAUUAUUGAAUUGUGGUUUGUCACACUUGAGAAUUAUUGUAUUUCUUGUUCUUAUUGUAUGACAAACCACAAUUCAAUAAUACAGCAGAUAAUAGUGAUAGUUACAUCAGGAUAUGAUUAAAUAGUGAUAGUUACAUCAG